UUUAGCGCGAGCAGCACACGCCCAAGCGGCAGCGCACAGCUGCGCCGUGGCCGUGCAUUUGCUCCAUGGCUAUUUUGCUGCGACGAGGGGUCGCCUGUCAUCUUUGCCCCUAUCCUGUAACUGCUUCCCCGCGCACACACAAAAAACCGCCCAGCCGCGCUUCUGCCGCUGCCCCGCUCGGCCAGCUCACGCCCACGUCGCCUCCUCUCUCACCAAUAUCCGCCGCGCUUGCCGCAUGUCGAGUCUCCCCGAGCAGAUCGCCGUUGUCCCUGCACCAAGCACACCGGAGAACUGACGUCGGCCACGAACCUCCGUCCCAAGAAUUGCGGCUCUUGGGAACUGCCGUGUUCACUCCCCGCCGCGCCGGAGCUCCGUUAAGCCGUUGCCGCGACAUUCUCCGUCGAGAUCCGUUUCGAGAAUUGCGAUCUGUUUCCGAGCUUCAAGGGAUCAAAGAUCGAGCGUUGGCGACCAAGAGAUCAAGCUUUUUGAGGUCUACAACAUUGAACACCCUGAGCAUCUGUUUGGUGAAGGUUGCCUUUGGUGCAAUCUAUGCUCAGGUAAAGAAGGCGUCGAGGCGGAUCUCCAGGAGUUCCAGGACAUCGACGAGUUCGAGGAGUAGGCUAGCGACCUCCCCCAGUCAGCUGCCUGUGGUGGGUUUAUUUACGUUGGCUACGUUUCUGUUCUGUGUACUUUGAUUAUAUUAUGUAAAUGACUCUAGUCUUUCAUAUUAUUACUUAUCUUUACUGUUA